AUGUAUGACAUGCUGAGUGAUGUUGAUACUUAUACAACUAUCAAUAACAUUAGGGUUAAUAAAAUGAUAAAAGAUAUUCACAGUACUCUUUAUGAGAUGCUGAUGCUGCACAAGAUUAACAACUCUUUAUAUGAAUACUUUAAAGUGAUAGAUGGACAACAGCACCUGUAUCCAUCUUUAUUGAGAGAGAGAGAAUUGAAAAAGGCUCUCUUGUCUGCUGCCAGUGUUUUGAGAGACAGUAAAGACUUUUUAGCGAGUUUGUCCACUUAUAUGACCUUACAGAAUGAUUUGAAGAGUCUUUAUAUGGUAACCCUUGAUGAUAAUAGCUUAUUUACUGUAAUACUUAAUGAGUAUGGUAUUUUAGCAGUAAAGGCCUUCCUAUCUGAGAAAAUGAUGUUCACCAAUGAGAGAUUUUAUUUUUUUUCCUGCAGGUCCCCUUUCUUGGAAUUAUCACAGUUUGCAGGCUACCAGCUGUAUGGUAGUGAAGAAGUUCCUUCGGGUGGCAUUAUUACAGGCAUUGGUCGUGUAUCUGGAGUGGAAUGUAUGAUAGUUGCAAAUGACCCAACAGUAAAAGGUGGCACUUACUAUCCAAUCACGGUGAAGAAACAUCUUCGGGCACAGGAGAUUGCUUCUGAAAACCACCUUACCUGCAUUUAUCUGGUUGACUCAGGUGGUGCAAAUUUGCCUCGACAAGCAGAAGUUUUCCCUGAUCGAGAGCAUUUUGGACGCAUUUUCUAUAACCAGGCUGUAAUGUCUUCUCAAGGAAUUUCUCAGAUUGCUGCUGUUAUGGGAUCUUGCACUGCAGGAGGAGCAUAUGUACCAGCAAUGGCAGAUGAAAGCAUUAUUGUACGAAAACAGGGCACAAUAUUUCUAGGGGGUCCACCACUGGUAAAAGCUGCAACUGGUGAGGAAGUGUCUGCAGAGGAUCUUGGAGGUGCUGAUCUUCACUGCAGGAAGUCUGGUGUUACUGAUCACUAUGCCGCGGAUGAUGCUCAUGCACUACAUCUGGCUAGGAAAUCUGUAAGAAGUUUGAAUUACCAGAAGAAACUUGAUGUCACUGUGGAACCGCCGGAGGAACCAAUAUUCUCUGCAGAUGAAUUGUAUGGGAUAGUCGGCGAUAAUUUGAAACGGAACUUUGAUGUCCGUGAGGUGAUUUCUCGAAUUGUAGAUGGUAGCAAAUUUGAUGAAUUCAAAGCUUUAUAUGGGGACACACUAGUGACAGGAUUUUCCAGAAUAUUUGGCUAUCCUGUAGGAAUUAUUGGAAAUAAUGGAGUCCUGUUCUCAGAAUCUGCAAAGAAGGGCACUCACUUUAUACAGCUCUGCUGUCAACGUAAUAUCCCCCUAAUAUUUUUGCAGAACAUCACUGGUUUCAUGGUUGGCAGAGAAUAUGAAGCUGGUGGAAUAGCUAAAGAUGGAGCAAAGAUGGUAACUGCGGUAGCUUGUGCCAGUGUACCUAAACUGACUGUCAUCAUUGGAGGAUCAUAUGGUGCUGGAAAUUAUGGAAUGUGUGGAAGGGCAUACAGUCCACGCUUUCUGUAUAUGUGGCCCAAUGCCCGAAUUUCUGUGAUGGGAGGUGAGCAGGCAGCCACAGUAUUGGCCACAGUCGCAAAGGACCAAAAAGCGAGGGAAGGAAAGGAGUUCUCUGCAGCAGAAGAGGCAGCGCUGAAGGAGCCAAUAAUCAGACGGUUUGAAGAAGAAGGCAAUCCUUACUAUUCUAGUGCAAGGUUGUGGGAUGACGGGAUCAUUGACCCUUCUGAUACCAGGCUAGUCUUGGGCCUUAGUCUCAGUGCAGCCCUUAAUGCACCCACGAAGAAGACACAGUUUGGAGUCUUCAGGAUGUAAUCUUACAUUAAUGUCUUCAGAAGUGUAACUGAUGAUCAUGUAUAUCAUAAUUUUGGUUAUGUAUAUAAUAAAUAUUUAAUUUAAA